AUGCCAAGGCUUCCCCUUUUCCUCCUCCUCGCAUUCUUCCUUCUCUCCAUUCACCCAGCUCAAUGUGAUGAGGAGGAUAAGCUUCUUCAGGGCAUCAAUGACUACAGAAGGUCCCUGAAUCUCACCACUCUAACAAAGAACGACAAUGCAGAUUGCCUUGCUGGGGAAAUAGCCGAUCAAUUUGAGGGUCAACCUUGCACCAACACCUCCGGGUCCAACACUGUGCCAGGAACCGAGCCUCAGCUCCCCAAUUACCCAAGGCUUCUGGACAAGUGCCAUCUGAAUGUUUCUAACACCAGGGAUGGAGCUGUAAUGCCUGCUUGUAUCCCCAACUUGGACCCAACUCUCGUGCUUAGCAACUUCACCUUGAGUCAGUACUCCGAUAGUCUCAACGACACCAAGUAUACAGGAGUCGGCAUUGGCUCUGAAGGUAACUGGAUGGUUGUGGUUCUUACCACAAGCACUCCUGAGGGAAGCUUUGUCAAAGCUUCUUCUGACAAUGUGUCGGCUAGUUUGGUCACUGCUGCCAGUCUGGUUUCUCCAAUGCUGCUUCUGCUGUUGGCAUGUUUACUUUUGCUGUAA